AUGGUGUAUUCGAAGCCGCGCCAGUUGCGGACUGAGGAGAUCCCUGGGAUUGUUGAUGAUUUCAGCCUGGAGAACCGGUGCCGCUUCGCCGUGGAGGUCAUAGAUGCCAUUGUCCGCGAGGUGGGCGCGCACCGUGUGGGCAUCAGGCUAUCACCCUUUGCUGACUACUUCGAUUGUGUGGAUUCCGAUCCGGUGGCGCUUGGCCACUACAUGAUCCAGCAACUCAACAAGCACAAGGGUUUCCUCUACUGCCACAUGGCAGAUUCUUCUAGGCUCUUGCCGCUCCGGAAGGCGUUUAACGGCACAUUUAUCGCCGCCGGCGGGUACGACAGGGAGGAAGGCAACAAGGCAGUGGCAGAAGACUAUGCUAACCUUGUUGCAUAUGGAAGGCUCUUCUUGGCUAACCCGAACCUGCCUAAGAGGUUUGAGUUGAAUGCGCCACUGAACAAGUACGACUGUUCUACUUUCAACACGCAAGAUCCUGUUGUUGGCUACACAGAUUACCCCUUCCUCGAAGACGGUAGCAAUAAUGAUGAGUCAAGUAUUCAAGCUUAA